AUGUUUUCUCAAGCCGACUUCAACCAAGACGGUAGUAUUGAUCAAAAUGAAUUUCGGCAGUGGGCACGAGUACAAGGUGGUGGUGGUAGUGGUUUUGAUGCCUCAUCAUCAGUUGGUGGAUAUUCUGCUCAACAAUAUGGUGACGUUUCCGCUUCACAACAAUAUGGGGGGUUUGAAGAUGGAAAUUUAGCCAGUGGUAACGUAUACGGAUCGAAUUAUGAAUCAUCGCAACAAUAUCAACCAGGAGGAAUUAAUGCCGGUUCAUUUAGCGCUACACAAAGCGGCUACGAAUCCUCUUCAUCCGCAGGGGGUUUGUACAGCGGAGUUGGCGGUCUUUCAGCUGAAUCAAAAAUCGUUGAUUAUUCAUCACAAACGGCUGGCGGUCUAUUUAACGAUCCAAACCCUCAAAUUAUUCGACGUGCAGCAGCAGGUGGUGCUGUCACGUAUAAACAAAAUAUUUUAGUGAAAUUUUUACAACCACCACCCGUCCCUCCUCCAGGCCCACUAAUAAUUAAAGAAGUUCGACCACCACAACCACCACCGCCACCACCUCUCGUUAUACGUCAAAGAGCACCGCCAUUACCGAGUCCACCACCACUCAUUUUGCGUGAAAGGCCACCUCAACCACCACAAUCAAUUGCCAGUCAAACAAUUAUUAGAAGACUCAAUCCAAUUCCCGUACCACCGCGUUCAGUAAUUAUAGAGCGUCUUCCGCCUCUUCCACCAAAACCCCGUGAUAUUAUUAUCGAAAGAUGGAUACCGUAUGGGGCCCAAGCUAAACGACGAGUGGUUGUUCAGCGUGCUGCUGCUGCAAGACAAUAUGCAAGACCGAGAAAUAUAAUCAUUGUUUAUGAACCAAUCCAGGCUCGUGUUGUAAGACAGUUUCAACGUCUAGGAGUUACACCAGAAAAUCCACAAGCAUACAUAGCGAGAUACGGUGCACAAUUACAAGAUGCACAUUCUUUAUUACAAGCUGCUCGUCAAGCUGGAGUUAUCGAAGAUAUUAGUCCACCUGGCGGCAUUGCGUCGGCUUCAUCGCAAUUUUCUUCAGGGUUUAACACUGAAUCAUACAAUGCAGGAUUUGGUUCUGACGCGACAUCCCUAGCUGCUGGCUAUACAUCAUCAGGCUACGAAGCCUCAUCCAGCGGAAUUACUGGCCUUCAACAAGGUGAUGAUUUAAGUAAUCUUCAAGUUAUCAGUGGAGGACAAGGACUAGAUUUAGGUUCAAUUGGUGGCCAGCAAUUCGCGUAUUCUGGCUACGAUAGUGCAUUAGCUGGUGGUGCAGGCAUUUCGGCUUCGUCGGGUUUUGAAUCAUAUCAGCAGACCGGGACUGGUUUUGAUGCCGCACAAGCAGCAUUCGCGGCCGCAGAUCGUAACAGGGACGGUGCAAUAGAUCAAAAUGAAUUUCGACAGUUCUAUCAACAAGGUGUUUAG